AUAUUAUACAUUUAUAUACGUCAGUGACAAACACAAAAAAAAUUGGAGAUUCCCAUCGCUCGAUUUCCCGUGUUAUAAUAAUAUUAAGUCCCCACAGACGUUAUAACCAGUAUAUGUACUUAACCUACUCGACGCUGUUUUUCUUUAUCUUUAUCGUUCUCUCCUUUCCACUCCCCGUCCCCGACCCUCGUGAUCCCGGCGGCCGGCUCUACGCACUACAACAGUCACAGCUACCUGCGGCGCUCAGACAUUUAUUUCACGUUCACGCGCAGGCACGGUCGUACGAAGCGACCAUUGUUUAACCGGCUCUCGUUCGUACCUCAUCCGACUCAGCGCUCCGCCAUUGCACAUCGAACGGUCUCAUUGCUCAUUCGUCUUGUUUUGGACACCAUCGCCGCCGUCCGCGUCUCUCGAGAAAAAACGUGGGAAACGUGCGCACCGAAUCACUAUUACAAAGACUGCCUGCAAACACACUGCCAUGUCUGAUGAUCAGCAAAUCAUUGUCCCGGCGAACCGUUCCGACGACUUAUCUACAGAACAGCCGCCAAAGUGCGACGCCGACGCCGCCGCCGCCGCCGCCGCCGCAUGUCCAGUACAAUUGCCGAACGACGACGCAGCCUGCCCCGUAACGCCGCCGAACGACGAAGCCGAUAUGAUGGAUGUUGUAAUGUCGUCAAAUCACGAUGACGCCGCUAGUCCCGCACCGCCGGCAAACAACGACGCUGCCAAUAUGUCGGAUGUCGUAAUGUCGUCCCAGGACGACGAUGACGCCGCUAGUGCCGCACCGCCGCCAAACAAUGACGCUGCUAAAAUGUCGGAUGUCGUAAUGUCGUCACAGGACGAUGACGACGCUGGCCUUUCAUUGCCGUCAAACAUUGACGCGGGUCCCGCAACGCCGCCGAAGGAAGACGCCAUCCCAUUGAUGGCAAAUGACGAGCCGGGGUGUUCAAAUGCCAAACGUUCUGCUCCCACAGACGACAACGACGCUGGAGUUGACUUCAAGAAAGAAAUUAAACAUGAAACUAUUGAUUUGGGCAACGAUACAUAUUUUUAUGAUGAUAAUAAUAAAGCAAUUCUAAUAAAAGGCCCCCCUAAAGUUGGUUUUGAUCGUGGACUUGAACCAGAUCAUAUUGUUGGAGCUACUGAACAGGAUGGAAAAUUGAUGUUUUUGAUUGCAUGGAAAAAUUCAGAAGUUGCUGAUCUGCUUGAAUCCACUGUGGUUUACGAUAGAGCCCCUCAAAUAGCUAUUCAGUUUUUCGAAGCUCGUCUCAGGUAUUGUCCUACUGAGGAUAACGAUUAAAUUCCUAUGCAUAAACAAAUAUUCCUAAUUUGAUUUCACAAACCUUUCUGAUUAGUACAAAAUAUAUUAAUUAACAUUUAAGACUAAAGGAAAAAACAAAACUUUUUAAAUUUAUAUUUUUAUUUAUACCGAUAUUUUUACUUUGUCAUAGGUUGAAUUUUUUUUUAUUAUCUAUCUAUACAUAAUUUUUGCUUGAAUAUAUUUUAUUUUAAAGAA